AUGGGCCGCCAUGUAACCAUCUGGUCAGCCGCGUUCCUGGCCACGGGCGGCUUCCUCUUCGGCUUCGACUCGGGCAUCAUCACCUCCACAAUCGCCCUCCAGACCUUCAAAUCCUACUUCAACCCCUCCGACGCCGUCGCGGCCGGCAUCGUCUCCUCUUUCCAAGGCGGCGCCAUCCUCGGCACGAUCAUCAACAUGAUUUGCUCCGACUGGCUCGGCCGCCGCAACACCGUGUUCCUCGGCUCGCUCAUAAGCAUCAUGGGCUCCGCGCUCCAGGCCGGGUCGGAGAAUCUCGUCGCCCUCAUUGUUGGGCGGUUCGUCGGCGGGACGGCUGUGGGCGUACUGACGUCUACGAUUCCCAUGUACGCCUCGGAGCUCGCGCAGGCGAGACAUCGUGGGAAACUGUCGGGGUUACUGCAGUGGAUGCUUAGUUGGGGGUUCCUGGUUGCGCAGUGGUUGGGGUAUGGGUGCUCCUUUGUAACGAACGACUUCUCAUGGCGCUUCCCACUCGCAUUCCAAUGCAUCCCCGGCAUCAUCAUCGCAACAGGAAUCUACUUCCUCGAAGAAUCCCCCCGCUGGCUCGUCGAAAAGGGCCGCUAUGCCGAAGCCCGCCGCAGCCUCGACAAGCUCCGCGUCGGCGUCGACGAAAAGGCCGUCGACGUGGAGUACAACGAGAUCCGCCACGCCGUCCGCACCCAAUCCGCCCUCCGCGAGAACGGCAACCUCUGGAAGGCCAUCAUCACAAAGCCCUCCUGGCGGAAACGCUUGUUGCUAGGUUGCGGCGUCCAGGCCUUCUCCCCGCUCUCGGGUAUUAAUGUAAUCAACUACUUUGGCCCUCGCAUCUACGAGCUUCUAGGGAUCGGAACGCAGACCUCGCUCAUGAUCAUCGGCAUCAACGGCGCGCUGGGUAUCAUAUACAACACCGUCGGCCUCUGGCUCCUCGAUCGUAUCGGCCGCGUCCGACCCCUCAUCGCAUCAGCCGUAGGCCUAGCUGCCGCCCUCCUCGUCAACGCCGUCCAGUUCCAGUACCUAGACCGCUCCAACGCAGACCAACUACGCAGCAUGGUCGCCAUGAACUUUGUCUUUGGCUUCUUCUUCACGCCCUUGGGCAUCAUAAGCUGGGUCUACCCGGCCGAGAUCUUCCCCCUCGAGAUCCGCGCCCUCGGCAACGCGCUCACGACGUUUACCAAUUGGACCAUCAACCUCGUCCUCGUCUCCUUUUCGCCGCAGGCCCUCACGGCCGUCGGGUUCAAGUUCUUUUACGUCUUUUUUGUGUUCAACGUCGUCGCGGCGCUGUGCUACUACUUUUUCUAUCCCGAGACGUCGGGCCGUACGCUCGAGCAGAUGGAUGAGCUAUUUGGCGAUUAUGUGCCCAUGUCGGAGCAGAGUGCACUUGGGACUGUCAUUACGGGGUCGGACAGCUCAAGAGGGAAAGGUGGCAAGUAUGGCUCGUUUUCGGUUCAUGAGCGUGUGUCCUCGACUGCGGUGUAA